AUGAGAUGCAAAAUAUUGCAAAAACUAUCACGUUAUAGAAUAAAAGCUGUAACUCUACUAUUCUUGGUGGGGUUUCUAACGUAUUCUGUCUACAUUUCAGUUGCCAAUUACGACGUGAAUGCAAUAAAUGACGAAACUCUCUCAUCCGAUAAACUAGCAACUUCACAUUUGCACGAAAUUACUAAGGAAGGUAAAACUUCAGCAACCAAAUACGAUUCAGACCUGAUAUUGCAUAAUAAAGAACAAAGGAUUCAAAGGCAGCAUGAGUUCUGGGACAAAAUAUUCACCCUCUACGAUGAGAAUGGUAUGAACUUUAAAGAUUCUCCAUCCAACCUUAUUGAACUCGUGGAGAAGUCAGAUGAAUCCCGCACUAAAAAGGCAUUAUUGUCUAGGGCAAAGAUGUCUGAUGAGACUGUACUAGAAUUGAAGAAAAGACACGCGAGAGUAAUGGAGAAGCUUCCGGACGAAAUGCCCGAUUUCACAUACAAAAAGGACACUACAGGUAUCGUGUUUAUUGGUGGAGAAAAAUUCUCCUGGUUAACGUAUUUGGCUAUACUUGCUUUGAGAGAAACAGGGACGAAGCUUCCGGUUGAGGUCAUCAUGCCUCGUAAAAAAGAUUAUGAACAAGAAAAGCAAUUUUGUGAUUCCAUGUUACGAGAGUUGGACGCACAAUGUGUAAUGGUACCAGAUAUGUUUGGAGACUCUGUCAUGAAGAAGAGAAGCUUCCACUCAUACCAAUUCAAAUCGAUUGCGUUGGCAAUUUCGUCAUUCCAGCACAUCCUUUUAUUAGAUUCUGAUAACAUGAUUGUUUCCAUUCCUGAUUUAGUAUUUCAGAGUUCCCUUUACAAGGAACUGGGGAUGAUAACAUGGCCAGAUUACUGGAAGCGGACCAUAUAUCCAAAGUAUUAUGAGAUUGCGGGGAUCAAAGUAAAUGAAAGAAAACGAAGAAGGUACAACAGAUUUCCUUUAUUUGCGCCAAAGAAUUCUGAACUGGAUCUUGAAGUUAAAGAAGGCGAUGAAUCGGUUCCUUAUCAUGAUUUAGAGAAUGCCGUUCCAGAUUUAUCAACAGAAUCAGGCCAGCUAAUGAUCAAUAAGGGCACGCAUGGAAAAACAAUUCUCUUAUCGUUGUACUAUAAUGUCUACGGACCCGAUAUAUUUUACAAACUAUUUUCCUUAGGCGAACAAGGAGAAGGAGAUAAAGAUACGUUUGUUGCUGCUGCCGUUGCAACAGACCAGAAUUACUACCAAGUUAAAUCAUUCAUAAUGUCUCCAGGUUACUUUGACGAUGCCAAGGUGUUUAAGGGUGUAGCAAUGGCUCAAAAGAAUCCUUUGGCUGAUUAUGAAAGGUUUCAAGAAUUGAUUAUUCGACCAUUUGAGAAGAGUGGGAAAACCAUGCCUGUGUCAGAGCAAAUUAAACAGCUAGAACAAUAUGCUAAUGACGGAAACGAAAAAUUCGGAAGCCACAAUGGCCUUCCGGUAUUUACAAUACACUGCAAUUAUCCUAAACUAGAUCCAAUUAAUUACAUGCUGAAGGAAGAUUUGUAUGAUCCCGUUGAAAAUAAGUUAAAAUACAGGUUGUAUGAUAGAAUGAAGUAUAGUAAAACCAUUAUGAACAAAUCCACAAUAGAGAAUGUCGAGGUCGAUUUUGAAUAUGAACAAUGGCUACAUAUACGAGAGGCGCUUUGUGUUAAGAAACUUGAGUUUGAAUUUUUCAAAAAUCAAGAUAUGGAAAGGCUUUGCAACUUCAUCAGUAAUCAAGUGGACUGGCUAGCUCCUGAUGAAUUAGUAUAA